CAAUGUACGCAAUCAAAACAAACCGAUUUGGCGCCAUGUGCUCGCGACACUUUUCGACGAAUCCAAGCAAACUGGCCCCUGCAGCACACGGAUGGCAGUGCGAUGAUCCGAAAGCAACGACCAAAAAGAUCGAAAUCCCAGGACGGUAAAACGAAUGAAGCUGGUGACAGUGUUAAAAAAGAACCAACCAAACGGAAAAGGGAAAGGAAAAGUGUGCCCAAAAAUGUGCUCCCGGCCGGGCAGUCGGAAGGUGCACAGUACAUCAAUCCUGCCAUCGAACCGAUCGUUCGACACAAUGCCGGUAAUCCAUCGUCCACCUUUCUCCGGCGUAAUCCACACCACAGCAUCCUGCAGCUACCGUUGCAACCGAACGUGCUCACCAAGGACACGCUGCUAAGCCACUUCAAAACAACGCGCCCAUUCACUGCAACUUUACCGAUGCCGCUGCACACCACCCCGGGACUAGGGCCGGCGAUGCCCGAUUUGAUGGUUCGGGCCAUACACACCAAGCAGGCCUACGAGCGGGAACUGCACAGUCUGCGAAAGAAGUACCAAAAAGUCGCCACUGACCGGCCACUCGAUCUCCAUGGUAACGGCGAGGAUGAGAGCGUGCAGCACACGGUGACACUUGUGUAUGCCGCACUGCUGGACCGUGAUCCCGAUCCGUACCUGAAGCUGGAGACGAAUUACAAUCCUCACUUUACCGGCGGGACUAUGGUGGCCGUCUCGGGAGGUGCGGGUGGCGCAACGAUAUUCAAAGCGACCGGGGAAAGCCUGCAGGAUGUGGAAGUGCUGCGGUUACACUGUGAUGGAGAAGGUUUCGAAGUGAGGCAAGUUCAAGCAUGUCCGAUGGAAAUGGAAGGUCCACUGCUUGAGCUCGUACCGAGCGAUGAGGGCAGCGUGAUUCUUGCCAGGAAACGACAUGUGGUCAUAAUACUGCGCGAGAUUAAUGUCACUCCGGACAGUGUGGAAUGGCGUCCCGUUCAGCACAUCUUUUCAGUAAACCCGUUGGCGAGCGUUUGCUUCGUCGGUGGAUCGACACUGACGUUCUGUACGACGGAUUACGCUCGCCAGCUGCAGCUGUGGACGGUCAGCGAUGAUGAGGAAACGUGUGAGGACAUGGUAACGCUACCACAAGCCGCCCCGAAACUUUCACCCACAACGAAGGAGGGACGGGUGGCGUGUCACAAUAAUGACGACUGGUCGGCAGUGAGGUGCGUAGAUGGCCAUUCCCUUGUCGCUUGCCUCGAUCGCACUCAAAUCCAUCUGUACACGGUGGUGCGAAACGGGGAAAAUUCUCCGACCCGAGACUGGCGGCUUGCAUACCGUGGGGCAAGCGAUUUUUCGCGCUGGAUAUCCCCGUGCGAGCAGUGCUGCGCGCUGGAGGUCACAUCUUCCGAGGAGCUUCUUUUUGUCGCUACCACUCACAAGCUAAUUGUGGCAAAAAUCGAAGAAAGCGUUGAUCAACAGCCUACUGAGGAGAGCGCACAGAACGGAAGCGAUUCGUUUGAUUUCGGAAACGUUAAGCUCCUCGUGAAGGUGCUGCUAGUGUUUGCCCACAAUCUGAAGCAAUGUCCAGUGUUCUUGAGCCACCAGUGGAACGCUACUGCCGAUCACGAUACGGAGCACCAUUUCGUCCUGUUUGGUAGCCAUCUGCCGAUGAGCUACGGUGUGGCAAGCUUCACCCGUUCCCCGAACCCGACCGACCUGUUCGGUGAGCCGGUGUACGCGACGCAACACUAUCCCUACCAUCCGCCGACCUUUCACGACACGUACAAGCAGGCACAAGCGCAAGGACAUUGCCUGUCGGCGUACGAACCACUGCAGAAACGGUUUUACGCCUGCCAAUCUGGAGCGGCACUGUUACGGAGCUGUUUGCCAACGGACAAUGGAACGGAACGGCAAGAGCCUCGGCUUCAUAUCUUACUGCAGACUUCAGCUGGAGAUGUGUUGCAGCAAUCGCUUAGCUACGAUUUCGAUCGGGAGGAGAAGCAGCAUGAGUUAAAACGGCACGAUGCCGAGCGGCAACAACAGAUCGGGGCACGUUUGCAGCAAUGGCACGACAAGUUGGUAGGGCAGGCAGGACGAAUACCGUACCGUGCGACCAGCUUUAAGACGAUGCACAAGUUUCGUGACAUUUUCAACUGUCCCGUCGAGGGAAGCGAACUGCGACAGACAUUGUAUCUUCCGCCGGAGGUCAAACGAAAACACAGGCGCAAGAAAAGGGAGGACGAGAACGAGAAAGACUUAGAUACCGAGGAAGAGCAGCACGAGGACGAUGAGGAAGAUGAGGGUGUAUGGUGUCCUGCUCAGUCCGUUGCCAGCGGUUCGUCUAGCGCCGCUGAACCGUCGGUUAUACGGAGGCGCAGGAAGUAUGGCCGUAAAGCGCCGCCACCUUGGCGACAGACGCUGGAAGAGCUGCAGCAGUACCGCGAUGUCCUUGCGCCAACGUUGCUCAGCGUUUGGGGCGUCGGGAAGACUGGCGUACCACCGCAGGCUACGAAUAUGGAGCAAAUCCCGACAAAACUGCCACCGCUGGCGGACAUUAACGAGCGUGUCGGAAGCUGGGUAACGGCUGCCACCAGCGAACAGUUGCAGCGCGAUACGGCAGAGACCGCCGAGGAAGACUUGGAACUGACCGUGCCAAAUGUGACGGCUGCUGCUAAGGACGAGUAUGGCGAUAUGAAGGAGGACGCGGAAGGGGAUUUGUUUUCGCAACCACUGACACAGUCGCAGUUCAUCUCAGCUUCCCAGCUGUCCCAGCAGAUGGUGAGAUCAACCGCUGCUCGACCUGCUAGAAAGACGUACUCGAAAGGCUUCUGAAGGCCAUUCUUUAAACGUAUUUGCCAUUAAGUAACGCGAUGUACAAUUAAUUCGUACAGCGAGUAAACUGAUCAUAGUAGCCAACACUGCCAGCAAAACGAAACUAUGAUACCAGAUAGAGAGCACUUGUUUGUGUGUGUAUUGGUUCUUUUCUGAUGAAAG